UGACCUGUAAGUGCUCAUUAUGAAGAGAGAUCUGGUUUUCUUGGUGACUCUAAUUAGCCUUGCCUUCCUGUCACUGCUAAGGUCUGGUUAUCCUCAACAUAUUGCAGAGGAGUCCUGCUCUGUUCAAAUUCUUGUUCCAGGCCUCAAAGGGGAGGCUGGAGAAAAGGGGGAGAAAGGUGCCCCAGGUCGUCCAGGCAGAGUUGGGCCUCCAGGAGAAAAAGGAGAAAUGGGGGACAAAGGACAGAAAGGCAGCAUGGGACGGCAUGGAAAAAUUGGUCCUAUUGGUUCAAAAGGUGAAAAAGGAGAUAAUGGUGACAUAGGACUACCAGGUCCUAAUGGUGACCCAGGCAUCCCCUGUGAGUGCAGCCAGUUAAGGAAGGCUAUUGGUGAAAUGGAUAUCCAAGUGGCCCAGCUGACAACGGAACUAAAAUUCAUAAAAAAUGCUGUUGCUGGUGUGCGUGAGACAGAUAAUAAGAUAUAUCUGCUGGUGAAGGAAGAGAAGAGAUACAAGGAAGCCCAGCUCUACUGCCACGGAAGAGGAGGGACGCUGAGCAUGCCCAAGGAUGAGACUGCCAACAAUCUGAUCGCCUCGUACAUCAACCAAGCCGGGCUCACCAGAGUUUUCAUAGGGAUUAACGACCUAGAGAAAGAGGGAAAUUUUGUCUAUUCUGACCGAUCGCCCAUGCAGACCUUCAACAAAUGGCGCAGUGGGGAGCCCAACAACGCUUAUGACGAGGAGGACUGUGUGGAGAUGGUGGCAUCUGGAGGGUGGAAUGAUGUUGCGUGUCAUAUUACCAUGUAUUUUGUGUGUGAAUUUGACAAAGAAAAUGUCUAAGCUUGUCUGCUCACUCUUGAUUUUAAGAAAAGUUUUUAAGCCGAUUGUACAAGUUACCCCAUGUUUAUAGAGUACAAGUGGUAUUUUGCAAGUAUGUGGCAUCAGUGUUGUACAGCUGUAAAUACAAUUUAGGUAUUUCAAAUAUCAGUAUUUACCCUUCAGAAGGGAAGAGCAGUGAUAAGACAUAGCUUGUUUUUUCUGUAGGAAAAUAUAUGUAUUUAGAUAAAGAUGUGGUUUGGGGCUAACUUCUGCCCUCACAACAGUUAACAAAUGCAACUGCUUGAC